GGCAAGUGAUCCGCACUCAGGAAUCUGCAGAGAAGAAUAGAUCGUUCAUUACCAGCUUACGUGCAAACAUCAAAAAUUCACACCUUACUUAACCCGAGGCACUUUUCUGUGGAGAUCCCUGGAGAAUUCAUAUCCGAGGGAUUGAUCAACCUCAACGCACGGCAUUGCGGGCGCGGCUUCCAGCGGAUGUAAUGGAAGCAUCAAGUUAGGAUCACACAAUACGGCCCUCCGCACGUUUCCGUGGCCACCAAAAUGCCCGACAAGCAGCUCACCAUUGCCACAUACGCUGCUGGUGCCUCCCUGGCGGCCAUUACUUUAGUAUACGUCUUCGGGCCUACAUUCUUCAUCGAUGGCGAUUCAGCAAGUUCGGCCAGCUCGCGGAAGAAGGGCGUGGUUGGACUUUCGAACCCUGCGAACGAUUGCUUCAUAAACUCGGUGUUACAGGCGUUGGCGGGUUUGGGUGAUUUGCGGCUCUAUCUCAUUCGAGAGACGCAUAGGAGGAAGUUGGAUGGCCCUGAGGUGUAUGCUAAGGCUGUGGCAGAUCCGGCGCGGCAGGGUCUCCCAGCAUGGAAGAUUGAAGGGGAGCAAGAAGGAAUUGUGACACACGGACUCAAAGAAAUUUUGGAUGCGCUGAAUGAGAGGCCAUUAUACAAGAAGACUAUAUCCGCGGUGGGAUUCGUAUCCUGUUUAGAGCAGGCAUUCAAGCAAAGGAUCAGCCGCCAGCAACAAGAUGCCCAGGAGUUCCUUCAGAUCGUAGCUGAACGGCUCUGUGAGGAGUAUCAUGCUGGACAUAGAGCGAGGAACCACGCGAGAAGAAGGGUUCGUAAUGGUUCUGCUAUUGAUUCUUCUUCAGACGAGAGGUCUGUGAACGAGAAGUUACAGCCGUUGGUUUUGGAGAACGGCGAGGCGUCUCAACGGAACUCUAGUAUCGAGAAACCAGAGCCAACGAGACGUGAAGCCACGGUCUCCGUUAAGACGAAGGAACAGCAAGACAAGACGGAUGCGAAAUACGACGAUGAGGAGGGCUUCCCUUUAGAAGGGGGAUGCGAGUCAUAUAUCGAAUGCUUGACGUGUGGAUUCAAGCCAACGCCUACCAAAAGCACAUUCUGCACCCUGACUCUGAGCGUCCCACAAGUUAGUUCUGCAAGUCUUAGUUCAUGCUUUGACCAAAUGUUCAAGACGGAAUAUAUCGAGGACUUCAAGUGCGAAAAGUGUCGCCUAGUACAUGCUCUGAAUUCUCUUCAACAAGACAUAGCCGGUUCAACUUCGGAGAAGUUCAAGGAGAAUUCCAGGAAAGCUAUUGAGAAGCUUCAAGUUGCAAUAGAGACAAAUCCGGAAGGAGAACUCCAGGAAGUUGCGCUGCCGGACACGAAAUUUGCCCCAAAGAGGAAGAUCGCAAAGCACGUUCGCAUCACGAAAUUCCCUAAGAUUAUGGCAAUCCAUCUAUCGAGAUCAAUUUUUGAGGACAGAUCAACAAUGAAAAAUUCGGCCAAAGUUUCAUUUCCUGAACGUCUCCCCCUUGGAGGUCUCCUAGAUCAAAGGACGUAUAAGCUAUUGAGCGUCGUCUGCCAUAAAGGAAGUCACCAUUCGGGGCAUUAUGAAUCCUUCCGAAGGCAGAAUUUAUACCCUCCAUUUUCUACUCCAAACACGUUCCAAGCCUCCGGUGUCUACAGUAAGCCUCCAACUCCAAAUCUCUCCCAAACAUCAACACCCCGAAUCACACCUCAACAAAAACUCGAUGAUGCAAAUGCAGAUCCGAGCGCUCUCUCCUCAACUCCAGAAUUUCUGUCCCCAACAUCAGCAGAGUCAACUGCGUCGCUGCCGUUCACCAAUGGCAGAUCUUCAGGGGAAUCAUUACGAAAUGGCAAUGGGCGUCCUCUUUCAACAACAGCAUCCACAUCUGGAUCUAGUUCAAUAACUACCAAAGCUGCUGGGGAAACAUCCGCACGCCGGGACCCAGAAACCGCCUCUGUUCGAUCUGUGGCCCGCUCCGCACGGGAGUCACUUUCUUCAAGAAUUUCUACACCACGUCUGCGUCCAACGCCUGACACAGCGUCCCCAGUAUCCCAAGCCGGGAUCUCGCCAAACAGUGCUACAAAAACAAGAGAAAGCGUGUCUCGGACAUCAGUGAGCGAUGUUGUGCGCGGCAAACGGAAAAAGAACUCGAGCAACCGAUGGUGGAGGAUUAGUGAUGAUAAAAUCAAAGAGAGUAAGACGAGCGAUGUGCUGAGCAUGCAGAGAGAGGUUUACCUACUCUUUUACGAAUUAGAAAGGGGUGACGAAGAUUGAUAAAUAUUUUGCAAAUAGGCUAGAAUAUCGGGAAGGGGAGCGGGCGUACAUAGACCUACCUGUACGAGUCUUUACCUGUACGAGUCUUUGUACAUAUAAGGCGAGCAACGUGGUUGGCUAGAAGAUGGCUAUCCAUGUUAUCGAUAUACUGGGGUAAACCUACCUACCUCAUCUGUGGAUUUCCCCCACCUACAGUACAGCAGAUCCUGGGGUUUCAACAGGAGUGAGUUUUAGGCAAAUGAAGUAUGGGACAUCAACUGGUCUGCGGCGUAUCCAGGACUGUACAAGUAGAUUCGGCACUUUCAGUGUUAGCUAGAUAGCUG